ACGUUGUUCACAGCGUCAGGGGCGGGGCUUGUGUUCAAACGUACGGCGGGGAUAGAGGAGCUGCGUAUUGUGUUUGUGUAAGCUAGCAAGCUUGUGUUUCAGAGAACUGCUUUAAGUUGGUUCAAAUGGCAUCUUGCAGGUAACGGCGGGGAUGUUUGACCUCACAAAGAAGGACCGCGCACUAACCUAACGCCUCCGUUUGGUAAGUGGAGUAAAUGAUGACGGGCGGCUCGUAGCCUUCAAAGUUAGCUUUACGUUUGGCUAGCUAGCGUCGCCGAGCGUGACGUUUAGGACGACCCCUUUGUGACACCACGAUGCCUAUCCGAGCAUAUUGUACAAUUUGCUCGGAUUACUUCGAUCACUGCAAAGACGUUGCUGCCAUCCACUGCGGACACACGUUCCACUAUGAAUGUCUUCUCCAGUGGUUUCAGACAGCCCCGACAAAAACCUGCCCGCAGUGCAGGAAACAGGUCAGCACCAGACACAUCAUCACCAAGCUGUACUUUGACAUUGGUGGAGAGGAGGCGAGCACGGCGGACCCGGAAAGCUUGCAGAAUGAAGUUGAUAGAAUGAAGGCGCUUUUAAGCUCUAAAGAGCGAGACUGGCGGGACAAACAGAAGGUGGUGGACGGUUUGAAGGACACCGUGGACAAGCAGAGGAGAGACUUGGACGGCGUGAAGAAAGAGAUCAUGGAAAAGGAGAUGCUCUGCUCGGCUCUCAGGAAGCAGAUGACGUACAUGGAGACACAACAGAAUGACAUCCAGGCCGCCAAGGAGGAGGUCCGCAGACUUCGGACCAAAAUGAAAACGUUUGAAAGCCUGGAAGUGUUGUUACAGGGUCAGAGAACAGAGGUGGAGUCCAUGAUCACAGACAUGGGCGUCAGCCAUGCGGCAGUGGAGCAGCUCUCCAUUUACUGCAUCUCUCUCAAAAAAGAGUACGAUAAUCUAAAGGGAAGCCUGAAGUCUUCAAAUGACAUGUGUGAGAAGCUGAAGAGAGAGGUGCUCUCCUCAAACAACAAGUUACAAAGAGCCUCAGUGGAGGUGAAUCAGUCCAAAAGGGAUAUGGAGUCUCUGCAGAAGGAUCUGGCAAACGCUGACAGAGAGAUCACUAGCCUCAAGAAGAAAGUGGAGUUUCUUCAGAAGACCCUGAGCACGCCAACACGAACAAACGAAACCCUCAGUCGGCUCGUCUUUGAAAGCCCGGCCCCUUUGGAUCUGAAGCAGCCUCGCUUCCACCAGCCUGUAGAUAGCGAGGAUAUUGACCUCAAUAUGACCUAUGACAUCACCACACCAGAUGAUGUGGCCAAGAGACCGAAGCAGGUCCCGUCUAAGAAGAUGCGUCUUGACUCUCAAGGAACAUCCAUGUCCAAACACAAUGAAAAAAGUUCAUCUUUGACCAAGGCUCAACAAGAGGGUGGAUCCAUGGAUCUAUUUUUCAGGAACUCCCUCCUCUUCAGGAAGAAGACUUUCGGCAGCAUGCUGGACCCUCAGAGGAAGCCCGGAGUGGUGAGAAGUGGUUACGAUGGAUUAGGAGGACGGACUAAAUUCAUCCAACCUUCUCCUUUAUCAGAGAUCCGCCCACUGAUGAAGGUUAAAAGGAAGAAGGUGACCAGGCCUCCACCCAAGAUUGAGACUUGCCUGACCCUGGACAGCUUCCUCGAGUAAACUCCGACCUCUCCUCCCGUCCGCCCCGGAGGUGGGGUAGGAGGCCAGGAUGCCGUCUGUGACGUUAACACACUGGUGCUGCUCUGGCACGGAGAACCGACCUGGCAGCGGUUAUGCCGGUCAGCGACAAACAGGACUUUCUGAUUGAACAGCAGUAACUGACCUUCCUCUGGACAGCUGAUGCUGGGCUAUUUAGUGACCUCAACAAAGCUGCUGUUUAUGUGUGUGUCCGUGUUGAUUAGAAUUUGUAUGUGAAGACUUAUGUCUUGCCCAGCCUUUGCUGGUCGGUGCACUAUAAGUGUGUCUCCCUGAUCAUCGCUGUACAAAUCUAUAUUUUGACAUCCGAAAAAUAAUUAGUUAUUUUUCGCACUUAUGUAAACAGUCUCAUCAAAUGCCAACAUGUGGAUGUCAUGUAGGUGUUUUUAUUAUUUUUUGUUUUAUUUAACUGGUCGUGCCAGGUAUAAAAUCAACUCAAAUAAUAAACAAUUUUUUUUUUUAUUAA